UUUUACUUGUUCUCAAACGUUUUGUUUCUUAUUUUCUUAAGUGAAGUGGAAGCACGACCCGACCAAGAGUACGGAAUUACAUCUAUCGUUGUUUUAAACAAUUUAUUGAAUAAAAAUUGAUAUCGUUUUAACUAUUUUGUGAAUCAAAGCUACAUCACAGAAGUAUUUUUCAUAUCCUAGAGCGGGAAAAUUUGCUUAAUUUGCAUACAAAUUCUAUUCAUGAAAAGAACACAGUCUAGUACAACAUAUUUUGUCGGUUGUCACUUGAAAAGAGACUGACCUAUAUACGCGUGCCGCUUCUACUUGCAAUACUUUUUACUACGGCUGGAGUAUUUUAUUUAUCGUGCCUGCUUUCCUCUCUAUCUUAGCAUAUAAGUUCGCAUAAGAGAAGAUUUGGAACCGCAAUAAACAGGGUACCACACGAAAAUCUCAAGAAGACAAAAUAAAGUUCUCAAAACAUUAAACAUUAUUAAUGAUGGCCGAUCAACAGUUCUUUUUAAAGUGGAAUGACUUUCAGACAAAUAUGGUUACAUCCUUCAGGCACCUGCGAGAUGAAAAAAGCUUUACAGAUGUGACAUUGGCAUGCGAAGGGCAAACGUGUAAAGCCCAUAAAAUGGUGUUGUCAGCUUGCAGUCCAUAUUUCAAAGCUCUAUUGGAGUCUUCGAUUUUAAAGGAAAACCCAUCGAAACACCCCAUUAUAAUUUUAAAAGAUGUUUCAUAUAUUCAUCUUCAGGCGAUUCUAGAAUUUAUGUAUGCGGGUGAAGUGAAUGUAUCACAAGAACAGCUCCCAGCCUUUUUAAAAACAGCUGACCGAUUAAAAGUGAAAGGACUUGCUGAGACACCAUCAUCCAUUAAAAGGGAAGGUUGAUGGUAAUAAUUAUUUAAGUAAUCCGCUCUCCUUUAAUGUAUCGUUUAAUCACGUUAAUUGUUUUUUUUUGUAUUCGUUUCAACCGAAGCACUUCAUACAUGAAAUUCAUUUUGUAUUUAAUUUAAAAUUUUCUCUUACUCUCUUUGACAUUGAUAUUUUAAAAUUCCAUUCAUAUUUUUUGUCAGUUUAUAUUUCUAAGUAUUGACAAAUUUUCUUCAUCGAAUGUUAUGAUAUGUAUAAAGUUUUGAUAAAAAAAAAACAGAAAAUGAUUGAUAUCGUUUAUAUUUUUAUAAAUACGGAGAUAUUGAGAUUUUGGAAACAUCAAUCAGUUUAUUAAAACAUGGGCAAAAAACAGAUGCAAUUGUAAUCGAAAAAGCUACAAACUGAAUAAAUAUUCCAAAAAUUGUUGUUUA